CGGGGCUUCGGCUUGGAACGUCGUGUGAUCGCACACAGAAAGUUUCAAAGAAUACAACUGGUAGCCUCUCAGCUUAAAUCCUUGCGACUUUACUAUAUAUAUUUUUAAUACAUGUGGUGGGCAGAACGUGGAACCGAAUAUAUCUAGCAUUAUAAUGUCUCUACCUAAACGGGAGGCGGAGGACUUGCGGCCAUGGGUGGAGAGGACAGUCAAGAAGGUGCUGGGUUUCUCUGAGCCCGCCGUGGUCACUGCCGCGCUGCACUGUGUUGGAAAGGGAUACGACAAACGGAAAACGACCGACCAGAUGCGUCCUUUCCUGGAUGAAUCAACCGGCAGUUUUGUUGAUCGACUUUUUGAUGCUAUGGAGGAGACGCGCAGUUCCCGUGGCAGUAAAGGAACAGGGGAUAAAAAUCGAAAGAGGGAGAUAAAAGAUGUGUUUGAAACUGAACCUGUCAAAGAAAUUUUGGAAUCUGGAGAUGCAGCGGCCCCAAAACGAAAACGAGUGCAUCGUUUUCAAGAGGUAGAAGAUCCAGAGGUAAUACCAGGCCCACCGUCGGAGAGCCCUGGCAUGCUCACCAAAAUGCAGAUCAAACAGAUGAUGGAGGCUGCAACAAAACAGAUUGAGGAGAGAAAGAAACAACUAAGUUUCGGCUCUUCGGAUAGUCCCGUGGCACGGAUUCUUGGAAACUCCGCGGCUGCUGUUGGAUCUAUCGGCCCCUCCCAGGCUGUCAGUUUCAUGAACGAUGCUAUAGAGAAGGCCCGUAAAGCUGCAGAGCUCAAAGCUCGCAUUCAGGCUCAGACAGCCAAAACUGGCAUUCUUGGUACUUUGGGGACACCCACACCCCAGAACCAAGCACUUGCCAGUCUGCAAGCAAUGGGAAUUGCACCACUAAAAGUGGAAAUAAAGGAAAUGAACAAGCCAACACCACUUAUUCUGGAUGAUAAAGGUAGAACGGUGGAUGCGACAGGCAAAGAGAUUGAGCUCACACACCGCAUGCCCACACUUAAAGCAAACAUCCGCGCUGUCAAAAGGGAGCAGUUCCGUCAGCAGCUCAAGGAAAAGCCUGGGGAUGAUUUAGAAUCCACUUCCUACUUUGAUGGGAGGGUGACUCUAACAGCAGCACAGCGGGCUCGCAAAGGCUUCAAAUUUCAUGAACAAGGACGAUUUGAGAAGAUUGCUCAGCGAAUUAGGACAAAGGCCCAGUUGGAGAAGCUGCAGAAUGAAAUUGCUCAGGCAGCAAGAAAGACAGGAAUUCAGACUUCCACUAAACUGGCCCUCAUUGCGCCCAAGAAGGAGAUUGGCGAUGAGGAGGUGCCAAACAUUGAGUGGUGGGACUCUUAUAUCUUGCCCACCAACUUUGAAGUAACCCCUGAAACAAAUCUUGCUGAGGUUGUGCUCUUCGGUGUGACAAAUCUGGUUGAACACCCUGCCCAGAUCAGCCCUCCAAUUGACCAUGACAAGCCUGUGCCUCUGGGUGUGUAUCUGACAAAGAAGGAGCAAAAGAAACUAAGAAGACAGACGCGCAGAGAAGGCCAAAAAGAUGUUCAGGAGAAGGUCCGACUGGGACUGAUGCCACCACCGGAACCCAAAGUACGUAUCUCCAAUCUAAUGAGAGUGUUGGGGACGGAGGCGGUUCAGGACCCAACAAAGAUAGAAGCCCAUGUCAGAGCACAGAUGGCCAAGAGGCAAAAGGCUCAUGAGGAGGCAAAUGCAGCUCGCAAGCUCACUGCAGAGCAAAGGAAAGAGAAGAAAGUGAAAAAGUUAAAAGAGGACCUCUCCAAUGGCGUUCACAUUUCAGUCUACCGUAUCCGUAACCUGCAAAACCCUGCUAAAAAGUUUAAAGUGGAGGCCAAUGCUAGCCAGCUCUACCUAACGGGCACUGUAGUACUACACAAAGAUGUCAACCUGGUUGUGGUGGAAGGAGGUCCCAAAUCGCAGAAAAAAUUCAAAAGAUUGAUGAUGCACCGUAUCAAAUGGGAGGAGCAUAACUCCAAAAGAGACGACCCAAAUGGAGAUGACGACACAAGGAGGAAUAAUAAGUGUUGGCUUAUUUGGGAAGGCACCGCGAAAGACCGCAGCUUUGGAGAUAUGAAGUUCAAGCAGUGUCCUACGGAGAGCAUGGCCAGAGAACACUUCAAAAAACAUCGUACUGAACAUUACUGGGAUCUUGCCCUCAGCCAAAGUGUGCUAGAAAGCACAGAUGACUAAAGGUGUACCUCAUUCUGACGCUGCCAGAAUCCCACUUUGGAAAAACGGACUUCAUCACAUUUGAGUUUAGAUGAUGUGUAACAAUAAAGACGUGCAGAUUUUUUUCAGCUGCUCACAGCAUCACAUGGCACUGGAUGUUACAGUUGGCAUCUUAGAAAGUGUGUCUUUAAUUAUAACCCCCAAUUUAUCAAUCUGAAUAUGUUUCAUUCGCAUAAUCUGUUGGAUUGUGUUAUGUUUUAUGUGAGGGAAUAAAGACAACUGGGUCGAUAUGAACCUGGUUAUCGUGAAGCAAUGUGACUUUUCUUCUUGCAAUUAUACAUAACUCCACCUGUGACGUGCUCAGCAAGUGAGUUUAACACUUGAUCUGCCCAACUCCAGUGUUAUCCCAUGGCGGGGAUUCAUAGUUGCUGUAAAUGUUGCAAAAGUCUGGUAUGAAUAAAUCACAUCAGAUGGA